ACUAUUCCAUAGAAUUUAGAAACAUGAAACGUCAAACAAGAUGUACCGAGUAUCUCUAAGUAGUUUGUGAUGUCCCGUUUCCCGCUUAAAAUUAUCUAGACUUACUGAAAGUACAAACUUUUGGAAUAGUAUAAUAUUACUUUUGGUGUCUAUUUCAUUUCAUAUAAUACAAAACAUGUUUGCGGAAAAAGUUAUUGAAUUACUAAAGGAAUCUGAACGAAAUCCAGAUACCAUAGAUCAAUUUAAUGACGACAAAAUUCGACAAAUAUUAGAAGAAAUGGACCUUUUAUUUAAAAUGAAUAUGAAUGAUGCCAAUGCUACAACGGAGAACAGAUCUCUAUGGACAACAGUGCAGGUGCGUCAUUCAGCUCUAGAGAGAAAUAAACGGUGUCUUCUCGCCUACCUCUGUAGCAGAAUGAACAAGAUCAAGACAUUACGCUGGGAGUUUGGCUCCAUACUCCCCGCAGACAUAAGGGAACUCCUGUCGGAUGAAGAAUAUGAGUGGUUCUCAAAAUAUUCCACCAAUUUAGCUUCAUACAUGAGGUCUUUGGGCCAAGAUAUCGGCUAUAGUGGUAUAGAUCUAACAGAGAAUUUGAAGCCUCCAAAAUCUUUGUACAUUGAAGUGUUGUGUGUGCUUGAUUAUGGAAAGUUGGAACUGGAAGAUGGUGAUGUUAUCAUGUUGAAGAAGAACAGCAGACACUUUUUGCCCACUUCGGAAUGUCAGACUUUGAUUCGGCAAGGUGUUUUGAAGCAGAUUACAUAGGUUUGUGAAAUAUUGCAGGCUGGUCCUGGCCAUCUGAGUUUAUUCCAAGUUAUGCAACAGAAUAUUCAGUCUUCAUCUGUUUGGCCUCCUGCCCCCAUUAAUGUUCUUACACCCUUGUGUAAGACCAAAACAGUAUUAUUGCCAAAGCCUGCUUAAUUUAGAUUUAGGUAAUAAUGUCCAAGUGCCUUUAGUUAAUAAUCAUUGUGAUGUAAGGUUAAAUUGUUAAUAAACAUUUUUUUUACUUUCAAUAAUAUUUCAGUGCUAAUUAAUGAAUGAGAUCUGGUUAAUGUCUCAAGCUGGGUUCUUAACAAGAUAUUUUAAUGUGUGGUAGGUCAUUACUGCUGUCCAGGUAGUAAAAUUGGAAAGAAAUUUAAUUGUUUUCUACAUGGGUGUCAGAUUGUAUUGACUAAUUCUGUAGAAUUACAAAAUAAAUUUUAUAUUUGAAUAAUUGCUUAUGUACUGAUAUAACUAAGUGGAUUUAAAUAAAUGAAAAUGUUUCCUUUUUUA